UCGUUUUGGAUCCAAGCCACCGUGUUUGGAUUUUGCUUGUACACCUACUACAUAGAACAGUUGUGUACUCAAUCCGCGGAUCCCGUGGCUCCUAAGAUAGUACAGACACGUGUACAUCCUGAAUAUGCAAGAUGAACAUGCGUAUUUAAUUAUACAGAUGUGUAUAUAAUAUAUAUUUAAUUGCAAAAUUACAAUAUAAAAUGUGACUUUGAAUAAAUAUCGACAACCAAAUCGUACGACGUGUAAAGACGUAAAAGUUAAUUUUACUGUUUUCUUACUUGGUACUUGUACGAGCUUGACAAUUAUUACGAUAAUUCUGGAGGGAAAAAAGACGGUAAAAUUUGAUUAACAAUCGUGCAAUUUACAAUGAUGUACGAGAGACAAUUGGCAACGCGAACGUAGCGCCAUCUAUUUGCGACUAAACGAAACGGUUAAACGUUCUGGAUCCUUCUUGGCGGGUACUGAGAAAGAAUGGCGUCGUAGAGGAAUUUUCGCAGCAUUUUGAAAAUAAUAGAAGAAGAAGUGAAAUAAUACUGUGAGAGAUACAUUUUCGAUCGAUUUUACAACGAUUAAUGCGAGAGCUGGAUAAUUGUUCGAAACAUUGUUUUGAAGAGAGAUCGUUAAAGAUGGCGGAAGUAUCUGUAAACACCGACGGAGAUGCGUGUUCUCCAGCUAAGAAAGCUAAAUUGGAAACGGAAAAUACAUCUGAAAAUGUGAACAAUUUAUACGACGUUGAUAUUUGUUUGUCUAAUUUUGAGGUAACGAAAAUAUUAGAUAACAAUAACUCGAGAAAACAGAUAUGCGUUCAAGGUGUUUUCAAAGGACACGAGGGUCCAAGCAUUAUUAUCUUUGAAAAAUCGCAAUUUUCAGACGAUCCGCUGUCUUUGCAAAAACAGUUGUUUAAUAAAGAGACAACGCUAGAAAAGCUUUACAGUAAUGAUAUUUAUGGGAAUUACAACUGUACGUCGUUUAAAGACAGCAAUGGUUUACAUAUGAGACUGAUACAUCCUGCGACACAGAAGCAUAUCGACAAAUUUAAGAAGAAGGAAUUGCAUAUCGUAGAUGAAACUUAUGAAAUUUAUAAGAAAGUUACUCUACCGCAUAUAGAAUCAAAUAAUUUCUCUUUACAGUGGGUAUAUAAUAUUCUAGAGCAUAAAGCGGAACAAGAAAAUAUCAUAUACGAGGAUAAAGACGAGAAGAUUGGAUUCGUAUUGGUGAAUGAUUUAAAAUGGAACGGCGAGAGAAACACUUUGAAAUUAAUAGCUCUCCCAUUUCAAAGAAUUCAAUCUAUGAGAGAGCUGAACGCGUCUCACCUUCCGUUGUUAAAAAAUAUUAGGGAUGCUGGGAUCAAGGUGAUCUCUAAAAAAUUCAAUGUACCUGCUUCUCAACUUAGAAUAUAUUUCCACUAUCAACCGUCUUAUUAUCAUCUUCACGUGCAUUUUUCAUAUUUAAUGUUUGAAACUCCAGGUAUAUACGUAGAAAAAGCACAUCUUUUAUCCAUGGUUAUAAGAAAUCUCGAAUUGAUGCCCGACUAUUAUACGAAAGCUGUGCUUUCAUUCGUGGUCGUUGCGGGUGAUCCGUUAUACAAUAAAUAUCUAGAAGAAGGAAUUUUGGCCAAACAAGAAUCAGAAUCUAACGAGGUGAAAAGUAGCUAGGAGCAGCUAGGAAAGAGAAUAUACAUUCAAAUGAUAUAUAUAUUUUGUAUAUGUUAAUACAUGAGAAGAAAGACAAUGCAUAUUGGCAUUAUAAAAACAAACAUUUGAAAAUUCCUAUUUAUGAUCCUUGUAACCUUGCAUCGUGUAAUGAUUGUAUAUGUAAAUAUGCAUUGUUAUUCUUGUAUGCAAAGUAAAUAAAUGUCGUGCACCUCUGUAUCA